UUGCGGAUGUAUUUUCAUGUAACACCCACUAGCAGACGAGAUUCGGUCCACAAUCAGAGAUCGUGCUUGUCAGUGGCUUUUAAAGAUUAAAACGGUACCAUUCAUUUUCUUACGCUACUGUAACUUUCCGGAAGACACGUAAGGCAUUUUUUUAAUUUCGUGUGUUUGACUUCAUCUCACGCGAGAGGCUAAUUGAGAUUGUUUUAGGCUAGUUAAGCUAGCCAACGUUUACCGCUGUGCGUCGGUCAAAGCACUCCUUCCGCUAUCCGUAUUCACUUUUAGGUGCAAUUUCAAAUAAAACAUGACGAGUUUAGCUAGUAAGGUGUUUUGCAGGGUGGAGAAGAUGUGUCACCACCUCCCUGUGGUCCUUAACACGUUCCUGGUUUUCUCCAUAACCGGAGAGGUGAGUUACCUGGUGUCGGUGGAGGCUCCGCUGGAGCCAGACCAGAAGAAGACUCAGUGGUCCUCUCGAUGGAAAUUAAUCCACCUGCUGGCCCAGUAUUUCAUGUUGGGGAACAUCUGCUGGAACGCCCUGCUCUUCAUGAAAACCAGUCCCAGCAUCAAGGGAGUGUUCCUGGGAGGAGAAGUCCUCGGCCAAGGGUGGAGGUACUGUUACACAUGUGAAGCGCACACUCCUCCACGCUGUUCCCACUGCUACGACUGCAAGGUGUGCGUGCUGCGGCGGGAUCACCACUGCGUCUUUUUUGGCCAGUGCGUGGGCUUCCGCAAUUACCGCUACUUCCUGAGCUGCUUGUUUUUCAUGUGGUCGGGGCUCCUGUACGCCACCCUGAUGAAUGCAGAGGUCUUCAUUGUCAUCUUGAAGGAGGGUGUGACAGUACACAGCAUCCUGCUGCUGCUCAUACCCUGGAUCAUGCUUGUUUCAGGCCAGGUCUCAGCGCGUGCCUUUGCCUUCGCAUUCAUCGCAGACACAUGCGUAGUGGGUUUCCUGCUGGUGUCUUCCUUCUUCUUCUUCCAUCUCUUCCUGCUGUUUCGUGGUCAGACCACCAGGGAGUGGUAUUCGUCCCGCCGACCCUACAGCCUGGGACUGUUUGGCAAUCUGCAUCACACACUGGGCCUGCGUUGGUACAUCUGCUGGCUCUGCCCUCUCAUCCCCUCGCCGCUGCCAGGAGACGGCAUAAACUUCCAGGUCACAGGAUCGCUGGAGCCCUCGCGGUAACAGCUGCAGAUCGGAGCGGGCCGAGUGUCUUUACUUUAGUGGUGGUGGUUAUUGUUAUCGGGAGCAGCAGGGGAACUCAUCUUAGUUCAAGAAGAGGUAGCUUGGAGUGGGAAGAAACUAGUAUUUUCUGUGGCUGUGUAAUGUGUUGGUGGGUGUAACUCACUGCCAGUGUCUACUCUGUAGAUUCUGUGCUGAGACAAAGAAAUUAAGGGUCUUCUUUUGGUGUUACAUUGAUCUUAAAUGGUAAUCCGUACACUCAGCAAGGCUGGCCUCAGAAAAUGAACACAGAAAUUCAAUGUGUUCAUUUUGCACGCGAGCACUGACAAUAUAUGUUUAAAAAUAGCACUGAAAUAAGAAUGUAUUUUGACUGAACAACGUUCAGUUUUAAUCCUUGUUGAGAAGCACUCACAAUCUCUGACAGUGACGCCUCGUGGGAGUGUUGAUAAUAGCUGCUUUCUUGGGUUUUCCCUACGCUGAAGCUGCCUAAAUCCGAAC